CUAGAUCCUAGAAGAUAUCCGCUUCUGUCAUGCUGGUUAGUAUUCAGAGAUAUCGUGCAUCUCCGACACCCGGUAGCCACCGCUGAUUGGUCAUUCUUGUCAUUUAAGGCCAUCGUUCCCAAUGCGUGGGUUAUCUCCUUUCGGGUAAACCGAAUUCUCAUCCCUCGGUCCACCUAUUCGGCUCUCUACCCUACGGACUCUGAUAUGCCGCGUGGGGGACGCACAGAAGUUCCGCGACUAGAGUUCCGAGGCAAUGUCGCCAUGGUGUGGAAUCGCCUUCCAAAGCAAACGAAACUCGCCGUUCAAAGACACAACGCGAUGCUCAGACUAUGAGCGAGGCGAAUAUUACGAGGCUUACCCGUCACCGACCCCAAAUCCGAGGGGUCUCUUAUAUCGUCGUUCGCAUAUGAAUUUUCCCCAACACCUAGACUGGAAUUCAUGGCUCCUAAGUCAGGAGGCCGAUGUCAGGAUGUGGCGGAAUUUUGAGCAAUCCGCGGAAAGUGGCCCGAUAAUGUUCUGCUCAUGUUCCUAUUCUAUGGUCACUUGCCUGAAUUACCCACACCAACUCAAACCAUUCACGAGCAGCCAGCGUCGCCUAUCCGAGCGAUUCGUACUUCAUACAGCUUCCAAGACGUGUCUUUCUCGAAAUACACUUUACUUCUCCUCUACUUAUCCUAGACCCCCAUAUAUAGACCCUCUUCAUCUCGCAAUCGAUUUCCUACGUCACCCCGAACAAGCUGUUUUAACGCGAACAUUUCUCGCGCCGAUCGUCAAUCGCAAAUCUCUAUCAUCACCUGCGGAAGGCCUAUGGCCAAUGAUAUCCCGCUGCCAAUUGCAAUCAUUGGCAGUGCCUGCGAUCUCCCUGGAGGUGCCUCCAAUCCAUCAAAGCUAUGGGAGCCACUUUGGAACCCGCGAGACUUACUACGGGAGAUUUCGCGCGAGCGAUUCUACUGGAAAGGGUCUACAGGCCUGAUGGGCUUCAUGGUACUAUCAAGACAAAAGAAGGAUACUUCCUCGAAGAGAACAUUCGCGAGUUUGAUCCGCACUUUUUCGGUAUUACUCCGUCGGAGGUAGAGAACAUCGAUCCGCAACAAAUGGCGCCACUUCCUUAACCUGAAGCAGGUGCCAU